AGAGCUGUAACUUUUUGCAUUGAGAACCGCAUUUCCGCGAAUUCCGGGUAGAGUGUCGGAUACCCUGGAUUUCGUGUCGUGAGCAUUCGCGAACAGAUAAUGUCGCUGUUGGAAAAAUUCUUCGCGAAAGUGGGAGGUGUCAAGUUGCCCGAUGCCCCGACAACAUCGUUGCCUUCCUCGCGAAGAAAUGAUAGCCCCGAUAUCAUUGAAAUUUCCGAACCUGUGCCGAAAUCAUUCACGCCGAAGUCGGUCACAUUGACCAAGCUUGAGAGGAAACUUCCCCCGCGCUACUUCAAUAAGGCUGAGGAUGCCGCUUUCAAAUUCAGAGAGCAAACACUUCGUAGCUCUGCUGAGGAACGUAAUCCCGUGUUGCCUAAAAAAAUCAUGGGUCUCCGAAAAACGAACCGUUUCACGAAACGGAAAAUAGGUCCGAAGUUGACGUUAACUCCUAGCAUCGGGCUGUAUUUCCCUGAAACCCGAUUAGCAUCUUUCAUGAAAAAUGCUGCAUGCGGACAAGAUGUUCUUGUAGUGACAGAAAAAUCUACGCUUCGUUACCUUUGCGGGAACUUGGAGGUUCAUGUUGUCGGCUGGUAUUGGGAUUCUACUCCAGUGCCAAUGUGGGAUCAUGAAAUAAGAGGAUCCAUCAGUCGAAAUCAAUGGCCAUCAACGAAGGAUUACAAAUUUCCAGAGCCGGGAGAUUACUUGAUGUGUUCCGUUUCUUCCUUGAGUCGCCUGAGGUCUCUGAAAUUCGUGGAUUUGACGUUGAAGAACCAAGGCGGUACGAAAUAUGGCCGAAUUUCUCCGAAAUCCUUGUCAUACAUGCAAUCGGAGCUUCAGAUGGAAUGGAAAAACGUGAAAAUACCUAAGUAUCACACGGUCCUGAAGACGAGUCAGACGUUGGAAGAUCCCGAAACUCUCGAACUCCUCAGCCGUUCAAUCGACGUCCCGAAGUUCGCGUGUUCAUUUUUGCAGGGCGUGAAACCCCUGGAUAUGAAGGAUUUCAAUCAGAAACAAAACAGUGCUACUGCCAACGUUUUCUAUUCUCAUGGAUGCGCUUUGAUGAAGGCCCGGAGGCUUCCGGAAGCCCUGAGUACGUUGGAAAAUGCCGUGAAGCACAAUCCGAAAAAUGCGGAUUUUUACGUCGCUCGUUCCGUCAUACAUCAAGAAUCCGAGCAGUACACGAAAGCUUUGGAAGAUUUGUACAAGGCCAUUGAGUUGAAUCCCGACCACGAAACCGCGUAUAAUUUUUUGGGCGUUUUGUAUGUGACGUUGGGCAAAAGGUUUGCGAUGGAAGGAAACACCACUGACGCACUCCUCAUCCUUGAAAAGUGCAUGAAAUACGACCCUGGCAACGAAGAGGCGAAGCGGAUGCUUUCAGAUCUUCGAUCAUCCAGAAAGUUGCAUGGGAGAUCAUCGAAUGAUAGAAUCGAAAGUGUGAUUGGAAUGAUGAAAUUUUCAGUUCCUGAUCGCGAAGACGAGUUGGAGAUCUUGCAUCAGCGGCGGAGGCUGCCGCCGCCGCCACCGAGAAUUUCAUAUCCGCCGCCCGUUUUCCCGUCGUUUCAUCUUCCCGGAUAUCCGCCACUACCGAUGUUCUUGCCUCCUCCUCCCGUGGCAGAUGUAGAAUGGGAAAGGAAAACCAACGAUUUUCUAGCAGCUGCCAAGUCCAGAUCCUCCCGUAGGUCGAGGUCACCUGUCGUGAGAGUCGAUCGGAAGCGGAGUAGAAGUCGGAGUCACGAGCAUUCUCGUCAAACCAGACGUCGUCGCAGUCUUUCUCGUUCGCGGGAUCGAAUUCACCGUCGGCGAUCACGUUCUAGGAGCCGGGAUCGACCAUCUGUCCAUGAUAGAGUGGGUUCCCGGGACAGACGAGGUGACCUGAGAGAUGUUCUUCGCGACCGACGCCAGGAAACUGACAAGUCUCCGAAGGAUGAUUCAAAGCGGGCCAAAUCUCGCGAGAUUUCAAAAGGUGCCAACGAAAGCGGUGGACAACAAUCGGGAGAGCUCUUCAGUCGCCGCUCACCCGACGCUGCGAAGAAACAGUCUGAGGAACGCGGUGUUUCUUUGGUUAUCCGAAGGGAAUUUGGCGACAAGUCGAACCGAGCUAUUCAAGAAGUUGUUUCUGCGGAAGUGCCGCGUGUCGAGAGACCGGAGAAAGUGCUGGAACCGGUUUAUUACCCGGAAAUGAGGAAGAACAAGUCGGAUUCUCGCAGUGCUCCUGCCAGAAGAUUCAUAGAGCGUCCUGAAGAAAUCGAAGUGCUUGAUGAGCGAAAUGUCCCUGCGACGAAAGAUCGUCCGGAGGAAAUCCAAGUUAUUGAUGUAGAACCAUUGUCUGUCGUGAGAAGAAAGAAUUUGUGUUUGGAGACUGAUCAAGAACUGAAGAAAAUGUGGGAACAUUGGAUCAGGGUCUGCAAUGACAGGAGGAAGACUUUCGGCACCAAGUUCCUUCUCUGGUUUAAGGAUUGUGUAAGGUUCGACAAGGAUUAUGAGAAUAUGGGAGCAAAGUUCGCAUUCCCGUUCUUCUGCGUGGGGGCGGUUGAAUACUUCGUCCAACUCUACGAAGACCACAGUUUGGACUGGCUCAUUGAACGCGACUUUGUCAAGAGGUACUACAAAACGCGCGAAAACCCGGAUUUGAAGGCGUAUGUGAAAGAUAUUUAUUUGAAAGUCAUCAUGGCGCUGCGUAUUGGAGACGGGGUGACGUCCGUUCUUAGCAGUCGUCGUGACUCGAAUGAGUCGAAGAGAACGAUUGAAUCCUCCUCGGGAACGAGUAAAAAUCCUGAGGAAUUGAAGCGAAGGAUCGAAGAUUUAAAGAAAUCUAUUGAGUCAUCCUCGCAAAAGCAUCUUGGACCAAGCGCAGCAAAGUCCCUCGACGAAGCGAAACGGAAAGUUCAGUCCUUGAUUAAAUCAAUGCAUUCUUCUCCGCAAUUGAAGGCGGCCGAAAAUCAGGAGGAUUUGAAACGCAGAAUGAAUGCAUUGCAGCAAACGAUCAAUUCUCUCUCCGCAAAGCGUCCUGAGCCUUCGAAAUCGAAUUCAUCUAAAAAUGCUGAGGAAACGAAGCAAAAAUCGGCUCCAGGUGGUUCCCCCUGGCAGAAGAACCGAGAUGAUUUGAAAAGAAAGGGAGAUGAUGAACGGAAAUCCGUCGAUUCCUCGAAACAGCGCGCUGAAGAUGCAGGGAAAGCAGUUAAAAAGCCUAGGGUAGAAGUUUCGAAGAAAGCUGGUCUCAUUCCCCUGCCGAAGGAAAAAUCGCCCGAAGUUGUGGACCUGUGCGACGCAAUGUCUCCAGUUUCUGAAGAAACUGUCUCUGAGAUUCCUAAACCUCCGAAACGCAUUCAACUCGAUGGCAGCGUGGUUCCCGGAGAAGAAGUGUUUGAGCUGGAUGGCGGCGUGUUUUCUCGCGAUGACCUGCUUUGGCCGCCACAAGAUGUCCCAGUUAGGCCGCCAUUGAGCCAAGACCUGAUGAACGCUUGCGCCACCUACGGGAACUACAUGAAAUCCUACUGCGUGCCGUUGAAUGAUUUCACCAAAUACAAACUGCUGCGUUCGCCCUGGGUAGAUGAAAAGUGGUUUGGAGGCCCAUCUGCCAAAGGCGCCGAAGAGCUCCUCAUUGAAGCCAUCAAAGCGGCGGAGAAGACGAAAAAGGAGGAGGAGGUGAAACAAGCUCCGAAGGUUGAAAAGGCGAUUAAACGUACGACUCUGAGUGCAAACGCUAUUGUGAAGAAGCAGCCCGUGUCUUAUAUAAAUAAGUCAGCCGAGGAAACUGAGAAGGGGAAACCUACUCCAAAGAAGCUUUCUCCGCUACCCGUAGACCCGAAGUUGAAAUCACUCCUAGAGCAAAUCAAGACCGUGUCUGCUACUCUUGGUGGUCUGGUUAAAAACAAACAAAUUCAGAAGAACAGCUCCACAGAAAAUUCCUCUGAAACGCAGGAGAAGCAACCAAAAGAGACUAAAGAAAGCAAAGAGGCAGAACCCGAAGCAGUCAAGACUACUGCAGAAAAGCCUGAUGAGGACGAAGUCAUGCUCUUGGAAACAAGCUUUAGCAGUGAACCCGAUUUCUGUGUCGUUGAUGAAGCGCAUCCUGAUCAAGAAAACGACUCGCUUGAAGAACCCUUGGAAAAGGCCGACGAGGAAGAACCCGCGAAAAAGCCCGAGGAAGAAACGUCUAGUGCCGAAAUUGACUUUUGCGUGAUUGACGAAGCGAAACCCGAUGAGGAAGAAAAAAAUAAGGCUGAAGAGCUGUCAAAAAAGUCUGAUGACAAUCAAACGGUUGCGAGUGGCGAAAUGGACUUCUGUGUGAUCGACGAAGCAAAACCCGAUCAAGAAGAAGAAAAAACGGAAAAUUCCGCAGAAAAUCAACCUAUUCAAGGGAAAAAAGUGGCUGAAGAACCUGCCAAAAAGCAGGAGGAAGCGAGUGUGACUGCUGAGAUAGACUUCAGCGUGAUUGAUGAAGCUCCGAAUUCUGUGGAAGCCGUACGUGAAGAUCCGGUUGAAGACUGUUCCGAAGUCGUGGAAUCCAUCGGAAAUGAACCCGAACAUUCUGAUUCAAUGUCUCCAGUCAAAUCGAUUGCAAGUGGUGAGAUUCUGUCUGGUGACGGCUUGAGCCCAGCUGUUCCCAAAAAUGAUGCUGAACCUUCUGACGUGAACUUGUCUAGUGUCGACGCAGAAACUGGGGCAAAUAAUCCUCCAGUUUCAACGACUGCUCCUGUAAAUAUUGCUUCUGUUACUCCGAAUAUCCUAACUUGUGAAAGCGGCGUGAGUGAGGAAAUAUCUUGCGAAAAGUUGAGUGAAAUCGAGGGAGAAAAACAAGGCACUGGUUUCGUCGGUGGCUCGGAAGAAAAAGUCGCUGAAAUGAUGGAGAAAAUGCUGAUUGGGACUCAAGAUGAGGACAUGCCAGAACCUGUGAAUCCAUCGGUUCCUGUUGAAGAAGCAAAGGAAACUCCGUAAAAGAAUAUCCCUUUUUCUUCUUCGGUGUUCAUUUUUUCCGUGUAUCAAGAUUUGCUGAAGAGCCGUUGCUGAAUUUGGAGUUGCUGAUGCCUUUACGGAAGGAAUUUUUUCUUGUUCGAAUGUCCGUGAAUUGUGUGAAUUAUUAUUCUAUGAAUGUUUAGCGGGAUGCCUUGGUUGAGUUUUUGUGGCGAAUACGAUUUCGGUGCGUGAAAAUAAAGCUUCAUUUGCAUGUAAA